AUGGAAGAAGAACCAAUUAUAUCUGAUAUAUACUAUGAAAUUCAAAACAGACGAUUUAAGAAGGAUGGAAUAAAAUUAGGAGGAGGUUCAUAUGGAGAAGUUACAUUACGAACAGAUGGUGUAACAAACAAAAAGGUUGCGGUGAAACAAUUCAAUUUAGGAGAUCAAUCAUUGAUGGGACGUGAUUUUGAUGGAUAUCCUUUAGAAAUAUUAAGAGAGAUUAAAGUGUUAAGAGAAUUAGACCAUAGUAAUAUUGUCAAAGUAGUAGAUUUUUAUUUUCACAGAAAUCUUCUUUAUAUGGUAAUGGAAUAUCAUCCUUCUGAUCUUGAGAAGGAAAUAAGAAAUGGAAGAUUAAAGACAGAUCCAAUGAGAGUUUGUAGAUAUUUAAAAAUGAUUCUUGAAGGAGUAAGAUAUCUUCACAUGAAUUUUCUUCUUCAUCGAGAUCUUAAGCCAGCAAAUAUUUUAAUCAGUGAAGAUGAUGUAUUAAAAAUAACUGAUUUUGGAAGUGUUAGACCAUUUGGUUCAGAGUGUGACCAAUUUACAAAAGGAGUCAUUACUCCAUCAUAUAGACCACCAGAAAUUUGGUUUGGAGCAAUUAUUUAUGGACCAGCAGUUGAUGUAUGGAGUAUUGGAUGUAUUUUUGCAGAAAUGGCACGAGGAGAAAUUCUUUUUGCAGGAAAUGAUUCACAAAUACUUGAAUCAAUUUAUGUCAUUCUUGGAACUCCAAAUAGUGGACCAUCAUCAGAAUGGGUUGGAGUAGAAAAGUUACAAGGAUAUAUUAAACCAUUACAAGAAAUAUCCAUUA